AUGGCGGAAACUACAGCACCCAGCACGCUCCUUGCGCUCAAGGAAUCACCCCUCAAAGAGGUCCAAAUCGAGGCCUUGGUGGUGAUGCGCAUUAUCAAGCACUCGACGUCAGCCUUCCCAACACCAGCGACCGGAUUCCUGGUCGGAAUGGACGUGAACUCGCAGCUACAGGUCACCAACUCCUUCCCCUUCCCAGCUGCCGCUCCCGAUGCUGCCGCCGCCGCCGACCCAUACCAUCAGCAAGAUUCCGCCGCUCUGGCGGCUGCCGCGCCGCGGGCUAAGAGCAAUGUGGCAUAUCAGGCAGAGAUGAUCAAGUUCCUUCGUGAGGUCAACGUGGAUGCACAGGGUGUGGGCUGGUACAUCAGUGCCAGCAUGGGCAACUUUGUCAACCAAAACUUCAUCGAGAACCAGGCAUUUUUCCAGCGCGCAACCGAUGAGCGCACUGUAUCGCUGGUAUUCGACGUGUCAAAGACCAGCCAGGGUAGUUUGAGUUUGAAGGCCUACCGCCUGUCACCCAGCUUCCUUGCUGCAUUCACCGAGGGCAAGUUCUCAUCUGAGAGCCUUCAGCAAUCCAAGCUUCGCUAUGGAGACAUCCUUGUGGAGCUCCCGAUCAAGGUCCACAACACACAUCUCCUGACUGCGUUCCUGCACCAGCUUCCACAGCAGCCAUCUCAGAAGACCACUCUGGACUUGCCCACAUCUCUCGCAGACCUCGACAACGACAUCAACAUUGCACAAAACCCUCUGGCUCCAAACCUCGAGAGCUUGGACCUAUCCAUCGACCCAUUCCUCGAGAAGACCUGUGAUCUCCUGCUAGAAAGCAUUGAGAACCACCAGACGGAGCAAAAUAACGCUCAGUACUACCAACGCUCCCUCGCCCGUGAACAGGCUAAAAUCCAACAAUGGCAGCAGAAGCGCAAGGCAGAGAACGUCCUGCGCACACAGCAGAAGCAGCCACUCCUUCCCGAGGACGAGUGGCAGAAGCUUUUCAAGCUGCCACAAGAGCCUUCACGUCUCGAGUCACUGCUCGUGGCGAGACAAGUGGACCAGUAUGCUAGGCAAGUGGACGGCUUCACGGCCGUUAUCAGCGGAAAGAUGUUCGGCACAAAGGGCAGCCUUCUUCCUGGCGAAUUGGCUUGA